AGUAUCAGAUUUGCCUGGUAAAGAGGCCCUGUACGAACCGGGUAAGAGGGCAGGUCAGAUGAAAAUGAUACGCGAGGGAGGCAAGGUGGUUGCCUAUACUUGGGUGUCGGAGGGUGAUUCUAGCCAUUGGGAUAAAGUGGGUGACGUCAUGGGAGGGACUGAUAAAGAUGCGUCGGGGAAAACGGUGUUUGAAGGCAAGCCCUACGAUUUUGUAUUUAACGUUGACGUAGAAGAUGGCAAACCCCCACUAAAACUACCCUACAACAGAGGCGAUGACGUCUACCAAGCGGCUCACGCUUUUUUAGUAAAGAAUUUACUACCAGGCGACUAUUUAGAACAAGUAGUCGAUUUCAUAUUGAAAAACAGUAAAGAACAGUUUGUUCCACCUACAAACAACCAAUAUCAAGACCCUUUUACUGGGGGAAGUAGAUAUACCCCCAGUUAUCAGUCGAAUUCAAACCAAACAGGUGUUAAUGUCGACCCUUUUACAGGCGGAAGCAGUUAUUCUACAGCUGCUUCUAAAAAAGACUUCUAGUUCUGUGUCAGUGUCGAAAAGUGGAGCAAAUACUGAUC